AUGUCAUUUACCAGAUCAGAGCACCUUGCCCGUCAUAAAAGGAAGCACACUGGGGAAAGACCUUUUACUUGUCCUCAUUGUCUGAAGAACUUCAGUAGGUUGGAUAAUCUAAGACAGCAUAAGCAGACGGUGCAUGCUUACGAGAAUUUGAUCACCGAUGAUUCCAAGGCCAAUCCCAAGACCCCCUUGUAUCCAUAUUUGAAUAAUCCUCCGCUAAUAAGUCCUCCCAAUUCACAUAGUCCCCAUUAUUAUCCAUACCAGAUGCCUUAUUACCAAUUACCUUAUCCGUAUGUCCAGCAACAACAACAACAACCAGUCCAGCAACAACAACAACAACAACAACAACAACAACCACAACAACAACCAGUCCAGCAACAACAACCACAACAACCAACACAACCACAGCCAGUCCAACAGCCAAUUCAACAACAACAACAACCAGUUCAACAACCAGUUCAACAACCAGUUCAACAACCAGUUCAACAACCAGUACAAGACUUGAAGAUCCCAGCAAACCAAUUCAAACCAAAAAGAAGACCCAGACCGCUUUCUCUCCUACAUUCAACCACCGAACCACUCAAACUGGCUCCUCCGUUGCCCCAUUACCAACUCACUCCCUCGUCGUCGCUCCAAUUCCCAGCGGCUCCUAAAUCAGCCUCGUUGACCCCCAAUAUGUUUGUCAGCGGGGUGCCUGAUGAGAAGGUGCUCGACGAAAUGUUCACGCUUCGUGAAACAAAACACGCCGACGACGCUGUUGAUUAUGAAGAUAUCGAUGAAUUGGCCGAUGACGAUUUGCCAAUGGAUUCAGUGCCGGAAGGCAUGUUUGAUGGGGACGCCAAAGAGGCCAGGCUCCAGGAAGUGGCCAACGACGAAUUUGACGGGUUUUUCGAUAACGACGAGGAUCAUAACAACAUUUUCAAUAACCUAAAUGAACCUAACCAAUUAGAAGAAGACGGGUUGGAUAUGGGCGGCAUUUUCGAAGAAGACCACGAAGACCGUAAAAGAAAGUUGGACUCUCCCGAUUUGAAAAUCUUGAAAAAACAAAAAUUGUCCAGGAUUGUUAAAAAAUUAGAAGCAAACUUACUUGCCAAAAAAAUCUCCUAUUUUUUCCCAAAUUUUAAAAAGGAUAAACCUUAUAAUAAUUAUCUUUUAACCAUUCCAAAUCCUUUAUACUACUCGAGCCAAAGACCACCCAUUGCAUUUAAAAAAAGAAUAAAACCCCUUAUUCCUUCAAAAUUAUCUUUAGAAGUCGAACCGGAUCAAAGAAAAGAAUUUAAAUCAAGAAAUUUUAAAAAAUUCAAAUCGGGUAUACUGGAUAUUACCCCUAAUGAUUUGGAUUUCAUUAAAGAAUUGUCUGCAACAAGUAAAUCUUUCUUAAAACAAAUCCCCUUUUUAUCCCUGGACGGUAUAAAUAAUGAUAAAUUUGCGGAAUUCGAUAAAAACUUGGUUCUUUCCACUACGGAUUGGGAUGAUGAUGCUAUAAUCAACUCCAAAAAGAAAGACAAAGUCACCGAUAACUUGAUUGAUUAUGAUUAUGACGAUGAAAAUAUCUUCUCCGGUCAAAUCUCUUCGGAUAAAUUCAAUUUGGAUAUGAAUGAUCCAAAUCUAUUAUUUGUUCCAGAAAAGAAAAAUAAAACUUCAAAAGCCUUCACUCCUAAAGAUCAAAAUUUAUUACAGUUGAAAUUUAACAUCUCAAAUGACAAACAAUACGAAAUCUUGAAAAAUAAUUAUAAUACUAAGGUCAGAAGUCAAUUAAGUAAUUUGAAUAUCGAACAUUCAAUCCCAGCUUUACGUCUUCAAACCCCUUACUAUAAAGUCAGAUUAAACAAAAAUUCUUCUAGAGCUUUCCAUAGACCUAAGUUCAAUGUUAGAAGUGGUGCAGUAAUUACUUUUUCAAAACUUAAACUUCGUAAAAAGAAAAAGGAUAGAAAUAGAUCUCCUCAAGAAAUUUUUGCUCAAACUGGUGAUUUAACAACCGCUGAUACUGGUAUGAUCAUUGGUAUGGAAUACGCUGAAGAAUAUCCGUACAUUUUAUCGAAUUUUGGUAUGGGUUCAAAAUUAAUUAAUUAUUAUCGUAAAGAAAAAGAAGAUGAUAAUUCUCGUCCAAAAGCCCCAGUUGGUGAAACCCAUGUUUUGGGCGUUGAAGAUAGAUCUCCCUUUUGGAAUUAUGGUUACGUUGCUAAAGGUGAUUUUGUUCCCACUUUAUAUAAUAAUAUGCUUAGAGCUCCCAUCUUUAAACAUGAACCAAAAAAUACCGAUUUCUUGCUUAUAAGAUCUCAAGGUGCUGGUAAUCAUAUUAGACAUUUCCUUAGGCCAAUGAACCAUUUAUUUUCAGUAGGUCAUAUUUUCCCAGCGGUUGAAGUUCCUGCUCCUCAUUCUAGAAAAGUUACUAAUACUUUUAAAAAUAGAUUGAAAAUGGUGGUUUAUCGUACAAUGAAUAAAAAAGGAGUUGCUCAUGUUUCGGUUAAAGAUGUUUCCAAACAUUUCCCUGAUCAAACUGAUAUGCAAAACCGUCAAAGACUUAAAGAAUUUAUGGAAUAUCAAAGAAAAGGGGAAGAUCAAGGUUUUUGGAAAAUUAGAAAUAGUAACGUUGUUCCUUCAGAAGAUAAAAUUAGAGCCAUGAUCACUCCAGAAGAUGCUUCUUUACUUGAUAGUAUGCAACAUGGUCAACAAAUUUUAGAUGAUUUUAGUGCCAUCUAUAAUGAAGAUCCAAGAUUUAAAAAGGAAGAAAAAGAAAAAGAAAAAGAAAAAGAUAAAGAAAAAGAAAAAGAUAAAGAUAAAGAUAAAGAUAAAGAAAAGGAAAAAGAUAAACCAAAAGAUGUUAAAAAGGAAAAGGACAAUGAAAAUGAAAAAAAGAAAAAGGAUAAAGAUAAAGAAAAGGAUAAAGAUAAGGAAGAUGAAGAAGACGUUGAUGAAGAAUUGGCGCCCUGGAGCUCUUCUCGUAACUUUAUAAGUGCAAACCUGACUAAAUCUAUGCUUCAACUUAAUGGUGAAGGUGACCCAACGGGGAUUGGUUUAGGAUUUUCAUUUUUAAAAGCGACUCAAAAAAAUCCAUUUCAAAUGUUUAUUCCCCAACCAAGAGAAAACAUUCCUAAAAAUAAUACUGCUUCUUACCAACAGAAAUUGUAUGAAUCAGAAGUUUCUAGAAUUUGGUAUGCUCAAAGGAGAUCGUUAACAGUAGAGCUGGAAGGUCAUAGUCUUAAUUCUAUAUACGAUGAAUACAAACCUCUUGAUCAUCUUGAAUACUUGAAAGGUAAAUUAAAAGAAAUUGAAGAGAAAAACAAUGAUCAACCAAAAGUUUUGAAAAUUACUAGACGAGUUAGAGAUGAAAAUAAUAUUGUUCAAAGAAAAGUUGAGAUAAUUCACGAUCCAAGACUUAUUAGUGCAUACAUUAGGAGAAAGAAGGAAAUUGAAGGAGAAAAAAUGUCCCAGGCUGAUGUUAAUGAUAUUAUUCCUACUAAUGAUAUUGAAAUGAAUAAGAUUCGUAAGAAGGCCUUGCAAGACAAAAUUGCUAGUUUACAAAAAAGAGCUAAACUUAGUAAAGGUCGUAAAGGUACUAGUAAGGAUCCAUUACACGCAGCAGCAGCCAAUGGUGGUACUAUUAUCGACGCCAAUACUGUGAUGUUACCAGAUGGUUCAUAUGCAAUUGGUGGUAAAGGUAUUGGGAAGGGGAAGAGUCAAAAUCGUCGUUGUAAAUCUUGUGGUGCAUUUGGUCAUAUUAGAACCAAUAAGUCAUGUCCAUUAUAUUAUCAAACACAAGGAGGAACUGUUCCCAUCUCGAAAGAACUCAAAGAAAUGAUUUUGGCAAACGCAAAUUCAAACCCAGGCCAAAGUGCACCUUCAAGUGGACCUUCAAGUGCCGUACCUACAAGUGCACCACCUGCUGAAACACCCCAAUUAUCGAAUUCACCACAAUAA